GAGAGAGAGAAGGAUCUCCACGGCAUGCGUUGCUUCAGACCAGUUGCUGAAUGGAUCACCAGUGAAGGCACAGCGUCCUCCUUUCUCUCUGUCUGUUUCAAUGAGAACGUAUUUCCUUCGCAUCUGUCCAUUCCAUUUCCAUGGAUUUACUGCUUGGUCUACACUUGAGAGGAACAUUUCCCUGGAUUAUACCAAAUUAGACUGAAAAUCUGGAUUACCGCAUCACCUAGAUUACAAUCCAAACCCGGGUUCUGUUGGGUUUAGAACCUCAAAUCCGGUUCCUUCACUUCAUUUUGCGUUGUGAUGAAAAUAUGAGAGGUCCAGCGUUCCUCGGUUCCGCUCGGUCCUGAGAAGUGAUCCGAGGUGCACUUGCAAGGCGCGCGGUGAGCAGACGGAGCCAUGAGUCGCGCGCUUAUCGAACCCGUGGCCACGAGCUUCCGGGAAGACGCGCCUCGUCCACCGGUACCAGGAGAGGAAGGUGAGGAGGAGGCGUCCUCAUUGUCGACGCUGUCGUUGUCGCUAUCGUCGGGGUUGCGUCGCGAUCCGUCCGCGUACAUGAAACUGAAGAGCGGGGUGAAGACGGCGCGCACUGCGCGCAGGGACGAGGACGGCCUGGGUGAGCCGGAAGGGAGCGCGUCGCCGGACUCGCCGCUCACCCGGUGGACCAAGUCCCUGCGCUCGCUGCUGGCCGACCAGGACGGCGCGCACCUGUUCCGCACGUUCCUGGAGCGCGAGCGCUGCGAGGACGCGCUCGACUUCUGGUUCGCGUGCAACGGCUUCCGCCAGAUGGACCUGCAGGACGCAAAGACUCGCCGCGUGGCGCGCGCCAUCUACAAGCGCUACGUAGAGGGCCGCGGCGUAGUGGCGGAGCACCUGCGCGCGGCGACGCGCGCGUGCAUCCGCGACGGCGUCAAGAAGCAGAGGAUCGAGCUGCGCAUGUUCGACCUGGCCCAGAACGAGAUCGAGGGCGGCCUGGAGGAAAGCGCCUACCGCGCCUUUCUCACCUCGGACAUUUAUUUGGACUACGUCCGCUCGGGGGGCGAGAACGCGGCGUGCGCCGGCCACGCCCACGCGCACGGCGGCCUGGCGAGCCUCGAGCUCGUGUGCGGCUACCUGCCGCCGCUCAUCGAGGACAAGGAGUGGAGCUGCGGCGAGCUGAAGGCCAAAGCGCUGGCGGCCGUCGUGGGACUUUCUGCCGAGACACUGCGCGCCACCAUGACUCUGCGCACCGCAGAAUGCAGGGCUCAGAAGCGAGGAGACCCGGCCACUCCGUACUUCGUGAACUCUGGUCACGUCAUGGCUCCAGCCAGCAGCGCAAACGACAGCGAGGUGUCCAGCGAUGCAACCACUGACGACUCCAUGUCCAUGACUGACAGCAGUGUGGAUGGGAUCCCACCAUACAAGCUGGGCACAAAGAAACAGCUACAGCGGGAGAUGCACCGAAGCAUCAAGAUCAACGGACAAGUCUCGCUCCCCCACUUCCCCAGGACGCAGCGGUUGCCACAAGAGAUGGCUCCGGUAAAACCGUCUGCAUUCGCAGCAGAGCUGAUCGCCCGUCUGGAGAAACUGAAGCGCGAGCAGGACACCCUCAGCUCUCUGGAGGAAAGGUUGCAGCAGAUACAGGAGGAAGAAGAACGAGAUGACAGUGAAUUACCUGUAGUCAUCCCCCCGCAGCCUCCCACUUCUCUCAGCCUGCUCUCCUCUGGACUGUGCGAAGAAGACCCUCAGGCCAUCCUGGAUGAACACCUCUCCAGGGUCCUAAAGACCCCCGGGUGCCAGUCCCCUGGCAUACCAAUCUCCUCGCCACGCUCCCAUUCCCCAGACCAUCACCAUCAGCAAGGCUCUGCCCCCAGUCUCUUACCUAGCAUGCACUGUUCUGUAGCAUCCAAGAUGCCCAUGAUAGCUUCCCAGCCCUCCACCAAGCACAUCCAUCACCAUUACAUUCACCACCACCACUCUGCUUCACCCAAGAGCAGGGAGGAGAUGGAGGCCGAGGCGGCGCACAGAGUUUCACAGUGUCUAGGUUCUACUGGGUCAGAUUACUGCUACCAGCGGUGUCACAACUCAGCCGAUCUUCAACAAGGGCGUACCAACACGUUGUCUAAGCGUCCUAGUAACAUUAGCGAUGGAAUGAGUGGUUGCAAGUCAAGCGAUGAGGAAAGCAACUCACCUCUGCUCCCCAGAGACGGUAUGGUCCGAACUCACAACGUGUGGCAGUGGAUCCUGGAAAGCGAAAGGCAGAACAAGCACAAACCUCACAGUUCGCAAGGCCUGAAGAAGACGCAUCCAAGCGAUUUGUCCUCUAAGACGCCUUUAUGGGGUGGUGGAGGAGUAGGAGGUCAUGCUCGAGCACACCAUCCCGGUCACCCGUUUAUUCAGGAUCCCACUAUGCCACCUCUAUCCCCACCAAACACCCUCACCCAGCUCGAAGAAGCCUGUCGAAGGCUGGAAGAAGCCUCCAAACCCACUAAACAAAGACAUUCAGCCUCCAGCCUGCAGAGAGACCGAGUGCAUCCAUCACUUUUCUCCAACAGCAGCUCGACUCUCAUCAGCACUGCCCUCCAGAUGGACGAGUGGAAGGAGCAGCAGCGGCGACUGAGCGCCGGCCACUCCAGCUCCCACUCUGGCUCGGAGCUGGUGGUCACCUACUUCUUCUGCGGCGAGGAGAUCCCCUACCGCAGAUUAAUGAAGACCCACAGCCUCACUCUCGGCCAUUUCAAAGAGCAGCUUCGCAAGAAAGGCAAUUACAGGUACUACUUCAAGAAGGCCAGCGACGAGUUCGAGUGCGGCGCAGUGUUUGAGGAGAUCUGGGAAGACUGCACGGUAUUGCCCAUGUACGAAGGGAAGAUACUGGGAAAGGUUGAGCGCAUGGACUAAGCACAAUUCUCCAGUUCCUGUACGCCUUUUAAACAGUUCCCGAAUGCUGGGAUAACACUUCCACUUCUUCACAUUACUCCAUCAGUCCAUCAGACACCAAGCGAACGGACUCCUUUUGGCACAAACGUGUGCCCUUUUUUUGUUUUGUUUUUUGUUUUAAAGCUACAGAGAGUUAAUAUAUUUGAGAAAAACAAUAUUUGGGAUGUGAUGAAGAGAUCGAAGAAACAAUUGAAGAUGAGCAGAAGGCCAUUUCUUUUAACCAUUCUGCCUUAGAACUUGGAAGAAACAAAAAAAAAGAUCAAGCGAACAGAGGAAGCAUCUAAACAUGCAGAUAUACACAUACGUGUAUAUAAACGUGUCCCUGGAAAAACUUUUAUUAUCGUUUUUUUUAAUGUAUUUAUUGAACUAUAUUAUCCCGAUUUUCCUGACUCACGUCCACAGAAAGGACACGCUGCUUGAAACAGUUGUUUCAGUUCUUUUAUUUUUUAUUAGUAAUGCAACACACACAUGCACACACACGCACACACUCCUCCCACUCUGAUCAUUUGCCGCAGCGAAAGCUGCCUGUGCAGUAACUACUUUUUAAGAAUUUCAUAUCUAGACCUUCAUGACUUCUCACCGCCAUGAAGUUUUGAAACAUCCUCCUGUCACUGUUGUAGCUCUCACUUUUAGCUGCUCACUCGUCCAUAAACAUAAAUCUUCCCGCCUCUACCAACCGCUGUAGUAUUAGUCGGGCAAAGUUGCCAGUCUUAUGGCAUGAUACUGAAGAUCUGGUAUCUUAUCACAAUGCAACAAUCAAGCGAAUUCCGUGAUUACAGAAAGCUCUUUAUGCGGUGCCUUUGUUUGUGUAUCGGAUGUUGGAAUCGUAGACCUGUUUCGCAACGUGCAAUCCAAAUCUUUUUUUUUUUUUUUUUUUUUAUUAUUAUUAUUUCGAAAUCACACUUGACACCAAUUUGAUUUACACAUCGCCGGUCGCCUAGGCAACAAGGCAAAAGCAACAAUGGGAUCGUUGCUUAUAGCAAGCUGAAGGUAUCAAAGACAUAAUGCAAAGAAGUAAUGCUUUAAAUGAGGCACCUUUGUGGACCUGCGAAACGGCUAGUGUUGGCAGCGCCGCUUUAACCACUGGGAUCAGAAUAUCUGCAUAACACUCUCGGAGCCGAACAAUGUGAAUAAUAAUCCAUAUAAUACAAUUAUUAUAUUGUACGAAUAAUACAAUUCGUACAAACUUAGAUUCCAUUUACGGUAAGGAUCCAGUUACAUAGGGUUUUCUGCUUUGGGUAGGAAAUAAAGUCCAUGCAGAAAAAUGUACACCACUACAUUAGCUCUCAUUCACACCACAUUUUAAAAGAUUAUCUCAUAGACCUAUUUUUUUAAAACAGUCCAUUGAUGUGGGUGGUGAAGGGAACAGGGUGGAUUGGGUGGGGGGGUUUUAUUUGAUAUCAGUGCAGCACCUGUGCCUACAUGGACCAUACCAUGUGCUACCCUGUUUCAGGGUGUUAUAUUCCCUCGGUUUUUAGAAGGGCUUUAUGUUUUAAAAACACUUUGUAAGCUUUUAAAAAAAUAUCCUUUACUUUUUUUUGUUUGUUUGGUUUACUGCAUUUUAUCAAAUCUGUAAAUUAUACAUUAUACAAAGAGUUUUCAGUUAAAAGAUUUUACUUUAAGCUAUAAUUAUUGUAAUUAUUAAAAAAAGAUGUAGCCUUUAUUAUUAAAGUUUUAUAUUUUUCAAAUUAAAGAGAAAA